GGCCGCGCGCGCGGGUGUCAUGGCGGCCUGCAGGCAGUGCUGCUCUUACCUGCGGCUGCGGCCGCUGGGCUGCGGUCCUCCCCGCGCCCUCGGCCGGCCCGGGCGGAGUCGGGCGCUCACCUCUUCGCAGGUGCGAGAGCUGUGGAGCAGCACCGGGUCGCGAGCGGUGGCCGUGGACCUGGGCCACAGAAAAUUAGAAAUAUCCUCUGGAAAACUGGCAAGAUUUGCAGAUGGCUGUGCUGUGGUACAGUCAGGCGAUACUGCAGUAAUGGUCACAGCGGUCAGUAAAACAAAACCCUCACCUUCCCAGUUCAUGCCGCUGGUGGUUGACUACAGACAGAAGGCUGCAGCAGCAGGAAGAAUCCCAACAAACUACCUUAGAAGAGAGAUUGGCUCUUCUGACAAGGAAAUUCUUACAAGUCGAAUAAUAGAUCGUUCAAUUAGACCUCUCUUUCCAGCUGGCUAUUUUUAUGAUACUCAGGUGAUUUGUAAUCUGCUAGCAGUAGAUGGCAUCAAUGAACCUGAUAUCCUGGCAAUUAAUGGUGCUUCUGUAGCUCUCUCCUUAUCAGACAUUCCUUGGAAUGGACCUAUUGGGGCAGUACGAAUAGGAAUGAUUGAUGGAGAAUGUGUUGUUAACCCAACAAGGAAAGAAAUGUCUUCUAGUACUUUAAAUUUAGUGGUUGCUGGAGCACCUAAAAGCCAAAUUGUCAUGUUGGAAGCCUCCGCAGAGAACGUUCUCCAGCAGGACUUCUGUCAUGCUGUCAAAGUGGGAGUGAAGCACACCCAGCAGAUAAUUCAGGGCAUCCAGCAGUUGGUAAAAGAAAUUGGUGUUGCCAAGAGGACACCCCAGAAGAUAUUCACCCCUUCACCAGAGAUUGUGAAAUAUGCUCAUAUAAUCGCCAUGGAGAAACUCUAUGCAGUUUUUACGGAUUAUGAACAUGAUAAAAUUUCUAGAGAUGAAGCUGUUAACAAGAUAAGACUAGAUACAGAGGAGCAACUGAAAGAAAAAUUUCCAGAGGUCGACCAAUUUGAAAUAAUAGAAUCCUUCAAUGUUGUUGCAAAGGAGGUUUUCAGAAGUAUUAUUUUGAAUGAAUACAAAAGGUGUGAUGGACGAGAUUUGACUUCACUUAGGAAUAUAAAUUGUGAGGUAGAUAUGUUUAAAACACUUCAUGGAUCAGCAUUAUUUCAGAGAGGACAGACACAGGUACUCUGUACUGUUACAUUUGAUUCAUUAGAAUCCAGUAUUAAAUCAGAUCAAAUUAUAACAGCUAUAAAUGGGGUAAAAGAUAAAAAUUUCAUGCUGCACUAUGAGUUUCCUCCUUAUGCAACCAAUGAAAUUGGCAAAGUUACUGGUGUAAAUAGAAGAGAACUUGGGCAUGGUGCUCUUGCUGAGAAAGCUUUGUUUCCUGUUAUUCCCAAAGAUUUUCCUUUUACCAUAAGAGUCACAUCCGAAGUCCUUGAGUCAAACGGGUCAUCUUCUAUGGCAUCUGCAUGUGGUGGAAGUUUGGCAUUAAUGGAUGCAGGAGUCCCAAUUUCAUCUGCUGUUGCGGGUGUAGCAGUGGGAUUGGUAACUAAAAACAAUCCAGAGAAAGGUGAAAUAGAAGAUUAUCGUUUGCUGACAGAUAUUCUGGGAAUUGAAGACUACAAUGGUGACAUGGAUUUCAAAAUAGCCGGGACAAAUAAGGGAAUAACUGCAUUACAGGCUGAUAUUAAAUUACCUGGAAUACCAAUUAAAAUUGUGAUGGAAGCCAUUCAGCAAGCAUCAGUGGCAAAGAAGGAAAUACUACAGAUAAUGAGCAGAGCAAUUUCAAAACCUCGAGCAUCUAGAAAAGAAAAUGGACCAGUUGUAGAAACAGUUAAGGUUCCAUUGUCAAAACGAGCAAAAUUUGUUGGACCUGGUGGAUAUCACUUAAAAAAACUUCAAGCUGACACAGGUGUAACAGUUAGUCAGGUUGAUGAAGAAACCUUCUCCAUAUUUGCACCAACACCUAGUGCAAUGCAUGAGGCAAGAGACUUCAUUACUGAAAUUUGCAGAGAUGAUCAAGAACAACAAUUAGAAUUUGGAGCAGUUUAUACUGCUACAAUAACUGAAAUCAGAGACACUGGAGUAAUGGUAAAACUGUAUCCAAACAUGACUGCUGUGCUACUUCAUAACACCCAACUUGACCAACGAAAGAUUAAACAUCCCACUGCCCUAGGAUUAGAAGUUGGCCAAGAAAUUCAGGUCAAAUAUUUUGGCCGUGAUCCAGCUGAUGGAAGAAUGAGGCUUUCUCGAAAAGUGCUUCAGUCUCCAGCUGUGACUGCUGUCAAGACUCUGAGUGACAGGAGCAGCGUUGUCAUGGGAGAGCCUGUUCCACAGUCGUCCAACUCUUCCCCUUGACCCCUUUUGGAAAUGGUCUUCAACAGUGACAUUCUGCAAAACAUUGUAAUAGUCCUGUUUAUGUGUAGAUUAUACAUGAUUUAAAUAUAAUUAUUUGUAUGAAAAUGCUCA